AUGAAAUUGGACGAAACAAUAGCACUUCUCAAACAAGGUCGACAUGUUCCGGAAGAAACCGUGUACAAGUUAUGCCAGCAAUCACAGGAGCUACUAAUGUAUGAGGCUAACGUGACACGUGUCGACACUCCGGUUACCAUUUGCGGAGAUAUUCACGGCCAACUGCACGAUUUGUUGACCUUGUUCGAGGAAAGCGGUGGGAUUGAAAAGAGCCGGUACAUAUUUUUGGGCGAUUUUGUUGACCGUGGUUUCUACUCUCUAGAGAGCUUUCUGUUGUUGCUUUGCUACAAAUUGCGGUAUCCAGACCGGAUCACAAUGAUCCGGGGUAACCACGAAACAAGGCAGAUUACCAAAGUUUAUGGAUUUUACGACGAAAUCGUACGCAAAUACGGGAACAGCAACGUGUGGCGCUACUGUUGCGAAGUUUUCGACUACUUAGCACUUGGAGCUAUCAUCAAUGAAAGCAUCUUCUGCGUGCACGGCGGUCUAUCGCCUGACGUAACGACCAUCAAUCAGAUUCGCGCCAUAGAUCGUAAACAAGAGGUACCGCACGAGGGAGCCAUGUGUGACUUGCUAUGGAGCGAUCCAGAUGACGUUGAAACUUGGAGCCUUUCGCCACGUGGGGCUGGAUUUCUGUUCGGCAAAAAUGAAGUUGACCAAUUUCUGCAUAAAAACAAGUUCGACCUCAUUGCCCGGGCCCACCAACUGGUCAUGGAAGGCUAUAAGGAGAUGUUUGGGGGUGGUCUUGUCACAGUUUGGUCUGCACCCAAUUAUUGUUACCGGUGCGGUAAUGUCGCAGCAGUUUUGACCGUAGAUGACCAAAUGGACCGCAAUUACACCAUAUUCGAAGCUGUACCGGCGCAAGACGACGUGGGAAACGCGAUAAUACCGACCAAAAAACCUCAAAUGGAUUAUUUCCUGUGA